AUGGCAGAAUGGGCCGCAGACUCGAACAGUGCUCUCAAGCUGUCACUGGUACGAGCUGCUUUGGACAAAGAAGUUUUGGGCGAUGAUGAGUCCUAUGAAGACUUUCAUCCAACGUUCACCUAUCCGAUAUUCGGAGACGACGAGAAAAUAUACGGUUACAAGGACCUCACUAUUGACAUGCGGUUCGCAUCAGGAUCUUUGGUUCAAUUUUUAUCAAUCGAAUAUGCUGAAAAGCUGGGGGCCUCGUCCACAGUGGAUGAUGUUGAGGGUACAUUAAAGGACUUUAUACCUCUAGAGUAUUACACGGACUUGGCUGAGUUUGUUGCCAAGGUGGAAGAAGACGCAUCAUCUUUCAAGCCUCUUGGAGAAAUGAUUCAUUCGUAUUCACGACCACUCCCAGCACAAAAAGGAAAGGGAAAAGCUAUUGAGAGUACGGACACGGUUGAUUUUGAGGUUUAUCAUACUACAUUUCACACUCCUGGGUUUAGAGAAUAUCAUCGACGAAUGCAACUUUUUAUUCUACUAUAUAUCGAAGCUGGGUCUUAUAUCAACGAAGAUGAAGAUCAAUGGGAAUUUGUCGUUUUAUACGAGAAACGCAGACGGCGGGAUGGAAGUUUCACGUAUCAUUUCGUGGGCUACUCGUCCCUGUACAACUUCUACCAUUUCCCAGAAAAAUUCAGGUUACGACUGAGCGACAAAGCCCACGGAUCUGCGCUAUAUUCAGCCAUCUAUCAAUACAUCCUAUCUCAAGGUCAUAUAGCAGAACUGACAGUGGAAGAUCCUGCUGAAGCGUUUGAAGACCUUCGCGACAAAAACGACUUACAGAUGCUCUUUGCCCACACCAAGUUUAUGCAAGAAGGAUUCGGUGGCGAUGGCCUAUCGCACGGUGGGGGGCGAGUUGGCGGGGUAGGUAAAAGUGGUCGAAGUGGUCGUGGCGGACAUUCCGAGAAGGGGAAACUCGGACCUCCGGUUGACAAGCAUUGGGCAGAGAAGUGGAGACGGGAACUCAAGAUUGCCGGUCGCCAAUUCCAUCGUCUGAUUGAGAUGCUCAUCCUGUCGCGGUUAGACCCAGCUGACCUUCGAGCAUAUCGGCUUCAAGUCAAAGAACGCCUCUACAGAUUUAACUUUGAAACUCUUGCGCAGCUGGAGAAGGACGAGCGGUUGGAGAAGCUGGAGGAAACGUUCCAGAGUGUUCGGGAGGACUAUUCGCGGAUUUUAGCUUUGGUUAGAUGA